CUCGCUGAGGAUACCCAGGUCCGGCAUCAGGAUGGCGUGGAUGGCGUCAAUGCUGAUACUGGGUGCAGCGGUGUCACUCUCCAGAGCGGCCAACGUCGACGUGCUUAGCAGGAUCGACCGCAGCCUCAUCCCCUACAGCGGCAUGAGCAGCGCUCGCAGCCCGCUAAGAAGGUACCGGUACCCCAUUUACACCAAGCGAGCCUAUGUGGAGGACCAGGAUGAGAAUGGCGAUGACAACGCUCCCGAGACCGACAAGCGCUUCCUCCGCGGGCUCAAUCUGCGCCCGCUGUCGCUCGGCUACCGCGCCAAGAAGAUGCACGGCCUCGCGCCGCGCUACGACAUCUCCAUGACGCCAUAUGACCUGAAGGCCAUGGCCAUGCUCUACCGGAGCGGCCGCCGGAAGCGCACGCCCGACCUCUACGACCUGAAGCGCAUCUACCGCAUCUACGAGGCGGGCCGAAAGCGCAGCGCGUCGGCGGCCGGGGCCAGUGAGGGCGGCACGCGCGAGCGACGCGACUUCUCCUACGACGUGUGGGACGCGGCCCGGCUGGCCGACGCCGGCAAGCGGUCGCCGGUGACCAGCUACUACGACCUGCUGGACAUGGCGAGGAUGGCCAAAGCCGGAAAGCGGGCGGCGAUAGACGGAUACCACCUCUGGGACCUGGCGCAAAUGGAGCAGGCCGGGAAACGCUCCGUCGACGACUUGGGCCUCUGGGACCUGGCGCGGAUGGAGCAGGCCGGGAAACGCUCUGUCGACGAGUUGGGCCUCUGGGACCUGGCGCGGAUGGAGCAAGCGGGGAAACGCUCCAUCGACGACUUGGGCCUCUGGGACCUGGCGCGGAUGGAGCAGGCCGGGAAACGCUCUGUCGACGACUUGGGCCUCUGGGACCUGGCGCGGAUGGAGCAAGCGGGGAAACGCUCGGUGGACAACCUCCACCUUCUGAAGCUGGCUGGUAUGGCCGACGCUGGGAAAAGAAGCGCUCAGCACUUCAUCGGCCCCUACAGUUACAAGGGCCUGUACAGUCUGUACGGAAAGCGCACCGCGAAUGGGGAGGACGACGACGAAGGGCACUCGGCUUCUGUGGCGGGAUCGGCCAAGCAGAAGCGCAGCUUCGAUGACUAUUUCGGCUGGGACCGUAAGAAGAAGUCGGUCGUGGAGGAUGCCAUGACCGACAGCUACUUGGCGACGUUGAAAAAGCAGAUGGCGGACAAGACGGAGAAGAGAGGCUCCUCGGAUGGCAUGGGUAUGGUCAUGAAGAAGGCGACUGGCGGUGAUGAGGACUAGAUCGUCCGCCGGCCCGUCCCAAGCCAGUUGGAGCGAGCACGGAUGCCGGCGCCGGGCCCCGGGGACCGCCGCGGGACAAGAUUAGGGCCGGUGUCUCUCGGGCGGCUCCGGCGGCGCCCGCCGCCGAGAGUCCCACCAGCCAAUCAGCGGCCCCCGUUUCGGCGCGCUGCCCCGUCAGCGCGUACCCGGCGGCGGUCGUCUGCGCUCGCGGCGGCCGGCUGAUUGACGUGACGGCGCGCGACACCGAGAUGCUGUCAGUGAAGCGACGCUAUCCUACCGAUGGCGAGUGCCGUCGCGUGACUCUCGUACAAGAUGUGGGACCCAUGAGGCCGGCCAAUCACUGUUCGAUGUGAUCGCAUCCCGAAACCGGUGACCCUGACUGGUGAUUUCCGAUGCAGUCUCCCGUGCGUUCAUUCUGUUGCGAAUGCAACCCGCUCGGUUAAGAUGUAGAGGUUGUUUUACGCCGAUGCCUGUCAUAUCAUCGUUUGUAGGUACCCUGUGAGCACAGCUAGAAGUCCUGAGGGUAUGCGGAGUAGGACACUUCAUAGAUUUUAAAAUGUAUCAGUGGGACCUUGGCGAGCGUCAAGUGUUUCGAUGCUUUAAAUUCUUUUGAUGAUAGCAGAGGAUCUUAGAAGGAGAACCCUUCGGCGAUGCCCGCUACGAUCUCAAACGAACAGAGGCUGUCCUGAUUUGUGCGUUCGUAGUAUUUAGUGCCCCUUUUCAACUACCAUCAACAAUAAGUAUGUCUACCGUACAUGCCUACUUCAUUUUCAACGUUAUUUAUGUAUUGUGACAUUCGGCAGGUUCAAAUAUACUGAACUCUGAAC